AUGAUAAUGGUUCCCUUUAAUAUACCUGCUAUACUUGUCUUUUGCACAUUUUUAACCUGCUCGUGGGCGGAGGUACAGUCCGGAAAAGACUUACAUGGUACAUGGUCAUCUAAAUCGAAUCAAGUUUUUACAGGUCCUGGGUUUUUCGACCCAGUAGACGAGCUACUCAUUGAACCUUCCUUGCCGGGUAUUUCAUAUUCUUUCACUGAAGACGGAUUUUAUGAAGAGGCCGCAUACAGAGUCUCUGGAAACCCAAGGAAUCCAAGUUGCCCGGUAGCAGUCCUAACUUUCCAGCACGGUAAGUACACAAUUCUCCAGAAUGGUAGUAUGGUGCUGAAACCUUUCAGUGUUGACGGAAGGCAGUUAGUUAGUGAUCCUUGCAAUGAUAAGGGAAAAUCUCAAUACGUUCGCUAUAGUCAUGACACCUUAUUCGAGCGCUUUACUGUUGAACUAGACGACUAUCACGGAAAGCAGAAACUUCAAUUGUAUGCCUUCGAUGGUAGUCCCCUACAGCCGCUCUACUUAGCUUUCAAACCUCCACAAAUGCUACCAACUGUUACUCUUAGACCAACCGCAGCCCGUGGUAUUGAAAUAACCACAACUAACAGCCCCAAAAGAAGUCUAAGAGAUACUGUUAAACGCAGUCUCGAAAAUAAGUACAAGACUAAUGCCGUUAAGAAACAAUCCGUGUUUAACUCGGAAUUUUACUGGUGGUGUGGAGCGGCACUCAUAGGAGUUGGUUCUUUGGCAUUCUUUACAAUUUAA